AUGGUAUCUCUUACCUCGAAACCCUCAAUACCUAUCACCACUGGUAGCAAACCACUUUUAAAAACUACCAUGUCAGGCACGAUAAGAAAAGCUCAAGAUGCAGAUCUGGAUGACGAUUUAGAAGUGCCAAAUCCGAAACGAGCGAGAGUAUCUUUCAAUCCCAAGGUCGAGGAAAAGGUUCUAGAGGAAUAUGUCGCAAAGGGUAGAAGUUUAGAAAGUAUCAGAGUGGAGGUCAAGCGGGCAAUAGAGGCACAUGGCAAAGGUGACAGCGAAAAGUACGAUAGCAUUAAAGAAGUAUUUGCGCAGACUGAGGGUGACGAGAGAGAGGAUACUGGUUCAAACGAUGAAGCGAAAACAUAUCUGCUAGCGCUCACUGGCUAUGCAUCACUAUUGAAUAAGGAUUGCAACGGGCUAGUUAAAGCCAUAUUGAAGUGCGACUGGAUGGGUAGAGAAGAGGGAUUCGUCAAGGCGUAUGCUCAGUUUCUGGGAAACCUGGUUAGCGCACAGGGAGCGUAUGUUGGGUUGGUGCUUGGAACGCUCGUUGAUAACUUUACUGGAGGCAUGUUACCCCUCCUUAGUCUCCCAAGCUCUGCUAACAUGGAUACAGUACGAGUAUCGAGUGGGCGUCUUCCUGGCUGCCCAGAUGUUAGUCGCGAUACACUUUCUUCGAGAGUUCAUUUUGCACUGAGAUACCUUCUUCGAUUGGUACCCUCCGCCAGCGCUACACUCUCGCCCAUCCUUUCAACCAAGUUUCCCUUUGCCGAUGAAACAAAGAGAGUACAUGUCACAUAUAUCAACAAUCUCGUUCGUCUUCUGGAGUAUGCUCCCGAAUUGAAGUCGGAUGUUUUCGCUCUCAUCACGGACAGACUGGUCAAAAUUGAUGUACAGAUGCAGGUCGAUUUGGACGACGUGGAUGAUGAGGUCGCAGGUGCUAUUGUUCAAGGCCUCGCUAUGAAUCCUUCUGACCAGGAAGAAGAAGACGAUGAUGACGCAGAUGAUUCCGACGACAGCGACGCCGAAUCGAUUAAUAGCGAUGAUGAAAGUGGAGACCAAGCAAAACGAGCCAAAGAAAUCCAAGAAAGUGUCGAGAAAAUGGAUGCAAUACUGGACCGCUUAUUUGCUAUCUACGAUCCUUAUUUCACAGACCCAAAUAGCAUAGAAGCUGCAAAUAUGUUCGAGACUUUACUAGGACAUUUCGCCAAUAUCAUUCUACCUACAUAUAGAUCUAGACACACUCAAUUCCUCCUCUUCCACUUUGCACAAAAGUCUGAACAUCUUAUCGAUCAAUUUGCCGGAACGUGCGUGCAACUAGCUUUCCAACCUGGCAGACCCGCUGUCCUUCGACAAUCUUCCGCGGCUUAUCUCGCUAGCUUUGUGGCGCGAGGCGCACACGUUGAGCCUCAAGUGGUUCGUACCGUUUUCGAGCUCAUCGGGAGCAAUCUGGAUCACAUUCGCACGGAAAAUGAACUCACUUGUCGGGGACCCGAUCUAAAGAAAUAUGGCACUUUUUAUGCUAUGACACAAGCUCUACUUUAUAUCUUUUGCUUCCGCUGGCGGGAUCUUAUAGAUUCUUCCGAGGUAUUUGAUGACGAAGACCCCACAGCAUUCAUUGGACAAGAUCUUGUCUGGACAACAGGCAUCAAAGAGACACUCUCUCGUGCUAUUUACUCCAAGCUCAACCCUCUUAAAAUCUGUUCCCCGCCCAUUGUUUCUGAAUUCGCUAAAAUCGCACAUCAUCUACGAUUUAUGUACGUAUAUCCUUUGCUAGAGACCAACAAACGUAUUCGUUUGAGCCAGUUCUCGAGUGCAGUUGGAAAUGGAGCAUUGCGGGAUUCGGGUAAUGGUGCAAGCAAUGACAGCUGGCACCAAUUGGAUGCUUAUUUUCCUUUUGAUCCAUAUCAAUUACCUGUGUCAAAGAAGUGGAUCGAGGAUGACUAUGUACAAUGGCAAGGCAUCCCAGGACUAAAUAAAGAUGAGAGUGAUGAUGAUAGUAGUGGAGACGAGGAGGAGGAUGAGGAGGACGAGAAUGCGCCUGAAGACGACGAUACGGCAACCGACGAAGAAGCGGACGAUUAA